AUGAGUUCAAGUUCCGAUAAUGAUAAGAAAAUUUCAAUUGACCCUCAAUCAAAUGAAUCGACAACAACAAAAGAAAAUCAAUUCUUAAUAGUUUUGAAGAAUUUGAGCUGGCAAGACUUUGAAAAUAUCGGUAAAAUUCCGUGUGCUCGUAAAAGUUUCUUAUACGGAAUCGGAGGAGGGGCGACCAUCGGUUCAUUAAGGUUCUUAAAAAAAGGUAAUGUUCUCUCGGCUUCAAAUUGGGCUGUUGGAUCAUUCUGUAUAAUCUCAAUUGGCACAUGGGAAUAUUGUCGUUAUAAACGUCAAAUCCAAAAUGAGAAAUUUAAGAUAGUUGUAGAGCAAAUUAGCGAGUUAAAUAGGAAGAAAGCUCAGGUUAAAGCAACGGAGAAGGCCGAAGAAUUGGACAAUUAA